UCGGUUAAAAGGGCCAAGCGUUCGCCCCUACAAAAUGCCCCAUCUCGUUAUCUAUUCGGACCCUGGAGGAACGCGAAGCAAAUCGGUCGGUGACUGGAAGGAUCUUAUCUCCAUUCUGGAAUGGCAACGGAAACCAAACCUGCGGCAGCUGAGGACGCCAAGAUCGAUCUCUUCGAGGAUGACGACGAGUUCGAAGAGUUUGAGAUUGAUGAAGAGUGGGAUGACAAGGAAGGAGGUAAAGAAGCCUUGCAGCAGUGGGAGGAUGAUUGGGACGACGAUGAUACCAAUGAUGACUUCUCUCUGCAGCUGAGGAGGGAGCUGGAGAACAACUCAGAGAAGAGUUGAAUUUUCUCUUCAUGUACGGACGCUAGCAGACGUGAAAUACAUGGUGGUAAAUUCGGAUUCAUAUCAUUAAAACAUAUUAUACAUCACAAUUUUUAAUAUAUAGCAUGUUUCCAUUCUGAAAUUUUCAUAUCA